CGGCGGAUUCUUGUUACACUAUAACGAAACUUCCUGGAAGCUGCCAUGGCCGAUCUCCCACUCUCAUCCCUUCCAUUUAAGUCGGCAUUUUCUCCUUCUCUUUCACCUCCAUUUUCUCUUCUCCUUCUCCCCAAGUUUCUCCUCUCUACCUUUCCCACUUUCUGCCAUGAUGAAAAUCCCCAAAAGAUUUAGCCCUAAACGCCUCUUCCGAUCCAAAAAGCAUCACUCCGCCGACGUAUCCCGCUCGGAUCCACCCUCUUUCGGCUCCGGUACCUCCUCUUCCUCGUCCUCUUCCGAGAAUUUCUUCAAAGCUAACACCGUGAACACCGGUUACGGAACCCCGACUAGCGUUCUGGACUCGGACGGGAGGGGGAACGAGGGGGUUGUGUCGAGGAAGGAACUGGAGGCGAUUCUUAGCCGGAUCGCGUCAGAGGAAGAGGUUGCGAUGAUGUUGCGCGAAGUGGAUAGCGGGGGCGAUGGGUUCAUACGGUUGGAGGAAUUGAUGGCUCGGGUGGGGUCGGGUGAAGCGGCGGGAGAGUCGGAGAUGCGGGAGACGUUUGAGUUUUUUGACGCGGAUCAGGAUGGGAGGAUCACGGCGGAGGAGCUUCACGGGGUUUUUAGAUCAAUAGGAGAUGAGCGGUGCACGUUAGAGGAUUGCGGGCGUAUGAUAAGGGAUGUGGAUGAGAACGGGGAUGGCUUUGUGUGUUUCGCGGAGUUUGUGCGUAUGAUGGAGCUGCAGAGAUGAAUGAGUAUACGGCUCUUGAUGCAUUUAAAUGGACGGCUGUGAUGGGAUGGGAUUAUGGUUUUUCAUUUUUUCUUUUUUCUUUUUUCUUUUUUCUUUUUGGUUUUGAGUGUGUGCUAUGUGCAAUAGAUAUAGACACAUGAUCAAAAGUUGUGGCUUCAACCGUUGUUGGCCACUCCAAAAAGGGACUCUUCAAUUUUUAUAAUGCUUAAUGCAAUUAUUGAAUAUCAACUAAAUGUCUAUAAUAUUUUGUGUUUUUUGAUA